GCAGGCUCCAAACAGCUCCCACGUGGUGAGCUGAGAGCUUUAUCUCAUUGGUGCCACCUGCCAAGGCAGGGCAGGAACGCCUGGCCAUUUGGAGAGUGCUGGACGGUGAUACAAUGACCACUAUAAAUGUCAGUCGGGCGGGCUGAGGGUAGCCAGGAAAGGACAAAGACAACUGCAGGCUAAGAGGAGUCACCUUCUAAGAUGGAGAAGUUCAAGGCUGCGAUGUUGUUGGGGAGUGUUGGUGAUGCACUCGGCUAUGGAAACGUCUGCAGGGAGAAUAGUGCUUUAGGCUCGAUCCAGGAGGAGCUGCAAAAGACUGGAGGACUGGACAGUCUUGUGCUGUCGCCUGGAAAGUGGCCAGUGAGUGACAACACCAUCAUGCACAUGGCAACCGCUGAGGCCCUCACAACAGACUACUGGUGCCUGGACGACCUGUACCGGGAGAUGGUAAAGCGCUAUGUGGAGACCGUGGAGAAGCUUACAGAACAUCGGCCAGACCCUUCCACCAUCGAGGGCUGCUCGCAGCUGAAGCCGGAUAACUACCUCCUCGCCUGGCAUACGCCCUUCAGUGAAAAGGGCUCAGGGUUUGGAGCUGCCACUAAAGCAAUGUGCAUCGGGAUGCGAUACUGGAAGCCAGAACAGCUGGAGACCCUGGUUGAAGUCAGUAUUGAGUGCGGUAGAAUGACCCACAACCAUCCCACAGGUUUCCUCGGGUCCCUGUGCACUGCUCUGUUUGCCUCUUAUGCAGUACAAGGAAAGCCACUUGUACAGUGGGGAAGAGACAUGCUGAAGGUGGUCCCCCUGGCUGAGGGGUACUGUAGGAAGACCAUCCGGCACAUGGCAGAGUACCAGGAGCACUGGUUUUACUUCGAGGCAAAAUGGCAAUUUUAUCUGGAGGAAAGAAAAAUCAGUGAGGACACAGAGAACAAGGCCACCUUCCCUGGCAACUACGAUGCCCAGGAGCGAGACAAGACAUACAGGAAGUGGAGCUCAGAAGGCCGAGGGGGACGACGCGGCCAUGAUGCCCCCAUGAUCGCCUAUGAUGCCCUCCUUGCUGCAGGGAGCGACUGGACUGAGCUGUGCCAGCGGGCCAUGUUUCACGGAGGAGAGAGCGGAGCCACAGGGACCAUCGCUGGCUGCCUGUUCGGGUUGCUGCAUGGCCUGGCCACUGUUCCACGGGGCUUAUACCAGGAACUGGAGCACAAGGGCAGACUAGAGGACUUGGGCACAGCCCUGCACCGCCUGUCCACAGAAGAAAACUCCAAGAACAGCAAGAUUUCCUGUGAGAAGAUGGCCGUCGAUGCACAGACCCUGAAGAAAAAGAUCAGCAGGACAUGUGACGAGGCAGCCCGCACCCUCCUCAACAGCCUCCUGCUUUAUGUCUUGGACCGUGCAGAUGGGCCCCAGAAGGCAGAAGACAGAGCAACCAGAGCCAACCGCCCAUCCCAACUCCAGGAUGUGGGCCGGAGACCCACACGGUUCCAGCUUCUCCAAGCUAAGUUCAUGGGCACUGGCCGGGAGCCCCACCUCAAGAAGACCCGGGAAGUGGGCCGACUGAUCUCCAAAGACAAGCAGGGAGCUGGUAGGAGUUUUGUAAAUGCCACUAUCAGCAAGCUCCUAGAGAAGACCAAGGAAGGAGCCAACAGUGCCAGCCAGAGGCCCCCAGCCAGCGAGAAGCCGCGGUGGAGCCCCACAGGUGGGAAGAGCACUGUGAAAAACAUCCUGAAGAAGUUCUUAGCUGCAGAAGAGAAGGAAGCUAAGGAGAAGGAAGCCCGUGAGAAACCCCCCGCCCCAAGACCAGGAGCUGCCAGGGGCCUUCUGCCAAGAAUUGUGGGCCGGAGCUCCAUCCUGUCCAAGCUGAGAGAAAGAUUUGAGCAGAGCGGCUGCCUGCACUCGGAGGCUGGAGUGCUGCCGCUGCACAGGGAUGGACGGAAGAGCCUCCAGAAGAAGAAAGUGCACAAGCCGCAAGUGCGGGUGCUCCACAUCGCUACCAUGGCUACCAGCUGCACCAGAACUCCCCCCGCCCGGUUCCUGGCCUGCACAGCUGAGCCCCUGCCAGCCCUCAGCAUUGCCACCAUUGUCUGUGGCCCCCAGAGCUGGCUGUCCCAUUGUGCAAAACUCAGUCACUCGGAAUCUAGGCGCUGGCCCAUUGCAGAAACCAUCAUGCCCUCCAGCUCAGAAAACCUGGAGCCCGGAGGAAACACAUCACAAGGACUGGUGAAUGAGGGUCACAAGGAACAACUAAAGUCCUCAGUGUCCCAGGCAGCGGCUUGUGUGGAUAGUCACAUGGCUGUGGACAUGGAUUUCUCUGGAAUGCCUACCAAAAGCCAAGCCCUGCCUGGCCAUGUACCAGUGUCGUCCCCACUUGGACGGAACAGUCCCAGAGAUACUGAGCUGGUUGGAAAGGACAGAAGAGCAGAGCCCAAUACAAAAGAGGUGGCCGCUGAGCCCCAGGGAGUGAAGGAGAAUGCAAGGGGGGGCCCUGGAAUCACCAUGGCUGUGUGCAGCUCUGAGGGGGAGGCAGAAAGGACACCUUCGGGCUCAGAAAGAGAGCCCUUCUUCGCCUUCCAAUGGCACCUGCCAGAGCAGGAGACAGGGUUACUGGUCCCAUCCCUCGCCCCUUUAGCAGUCCAGGCUGAGCGGCGAGCACAGCCCGCCAUCAAGCCUCCACAAAUAACAGUGCAGCUUCCCAUUGUUCACGAAAUGCCCGCCUCUCCCGGCCCUCUGCACCGUGCGACAAGUCAUGAAGACAAAUGUCCUCGACUCUCGAGAAGAGAGGAUGUGACUGAAAAUAAGCAAGCAGCAUUUCCCACUGUGAGUGAGGACAGGAGAGGUCACCAAGCCCCAACAAUACUGAGUAAACCCUGUGGGAUGCCAGUGAGCCUCCAACCUGCGGCAGGAGACGGACCCCGGGAAGACAUAAGCGAUGGCACCCGGGUGGACGGGGAUGCCUCGCAGACGUCCCUAAUUCCAAAUCCUUCAAAAACUGUCCCUGGUGGAAUGGAGACAAAGCGCAACCUUGAGAACUCGCGUGACCUCGGGAAUUGCGGUGGCUCUUCGGAAGAGCGCAUCUCUGAACUCAACUGGGAAAGGCGUUUAUGUCCAGAUUCGAAUGAAGCCCCUACAGCUAGCAAUGGCUCCUCAAGUUAUCCCACUGUUGGGAGAUGCUAUGCAGGAGUGGGCACCAGCCUGGCCACUGACCUCCAGCAAGGGGUACCCCCCACAGUGCUGCUGCCACCCCAGGCCUGCGUAAGGCCUGCAGGUUCUAUAGCAUCAGGCAAGAGCAUCCAGUUUGGACAGGAAGAGCAUAAACGGCCCCUGAAUGAGUCAGUUUCACCCCCAAACAUCGCUCAGGAAAAUGUCAGCCACGAUUUGAGCAACAACAGCCAGUCCACAUUAGAUAAUGAACAGCCAAUUACAAGUAUCAAAGCUUCUGGAGAGGUUGCAACUAUAGGGACUGUCACUGGUCUCACAGUACCACAGCCAAGUGGUACCCAGAACCCUGAAUACAAGAUAACAGCAUGGCCAGCUGGUGUUCAGGACAGCAAACACAAGAUAAUGCCACAUAUGAAUGAUUCCAUGGAUGCCGGAUACAAGAAAACGCCACAGACAAGUGGUGCCCUAGCUGUCAAAGACAAACAGAUGUCAUGGGCAGCUGGCACCCGGAACAAUGCACACAAACUGCCACAUGUUUCCCAGGACACCGAACCCAAGUCGACACCACUUCUAGGAACUUCCCAGGAGCCUAAGCACAAGCUAGCACUGUGGCCAAGUGAUACUCAGAACGUUGAACACAAGGCAACACCACACCAAGAUAGCACCCAAGACCCCAAACAUGUGGCACUAUGGCCAGGUGGUACCCAGGAUAGUGAGCUAAAGAUAGCACAGUCACACGGUGCCCAGGACCCUGAACAAAAGGCGGUAUCACAGAUGGGCGACACCCGAGAUGCUGAGCACAAAACAACCGUAUGGACAGCUGAUGCCCAAAACCCGAGACUGAAGGCAACAAUGCAGCCAGGAGGUACCCAGGACGCUAAAUACAAGAUAGUGCCCCAAGCACGUGGUACCCAAGACACUGAGCACAAGAUGACAGCCCGGGUGGGGGAUGGUCAGGAUGUUGAGCCAAGGCCUGAAAACAAGACAAUGCCAGGCUCAGGCAGUGUCUGGGACUACAAAGAAAAGAAAACACAAAAGCCCAGCAUCCAUCCUUUGGUGUCAAGCAGGUCCUCAAAGGAGGAGAGUAGAGCCGCUGAAGGAAGCAUCUCAGAAGACUCGGUGCAGAGCCGUCUCCUGAUGUCGGCAGCCCCAGCUGUUCAGCCGGGGCAAGCUGCAGCUUCUUCCCCGGGCCUUGUUGAGUCUCCACCGCCUGUUUCAAGUGAGCCGGCCCUGAGAAAAAGCAGUUCAGGAUCAGAGAACAAAAUUACAGCCAUGGAGAGCGUGGCAUCCCCAAGGCCACAAAAGUACCCGGCAGAGUAUCCGGGUCACUCACAACUCCCAUCUGUGGGUCAUCAGGCACCGGAUGGAAGGCACCCUGGGAAAGAACAACACUUCCCUGCAGCACACUCCCCUACGUGUGCUCUAAGACCAGCCACAAAACAGGAGACCCGGCAGGAGGAGCCAACCGAUGGUCCAGAACCUCCUGUGCCCACCCAGAAAGCAGAGCCCAGGUCUGUCCCCCAGGCAAAAACCUUGGGGAGCGAAACCAAAGAGAAUCUCCCAAUCCAGCGGGACAUGGGCAGGCCACAGAGUCACCUUGGAUCAGAGAAAACUGGUACAGGACAUGCAAGAUUACACCAAACCGGACAGUCAGACGUUCUGUGUGUGGCAGAGCCUCGGGCAUGUGUUUCUCGGGACCUCGUAGUGACUGAAAGGAUGCCAGCUGAAGAGAGUCCCUGGCAGCACGGGGACAGGGCUCAGGAGCAUCCCCUGAGGCCACUGGAGAGGCAGGAAAGGAGCCCAACUCAAAGAGACAGCCUUCGGGCUGGUAAGAGCCUCGCCACCCCCGGGAGCCCAAGGAAGCCUUGUGGCCUGGCUAUGCAGACACGGACCCAGAGUCAGGGAGAGGCAAGCCACCCACUACCUCAGGCCUGGGGACAGCCUGACAGCACAAAUGAAGACAGACCCUCUGCUGGCACAGGUGGGGAGCCUCCAAGUCUGAGCCCCAUACUUGACGGUCAGCGGAGCCCAGGCGCCUUGCACCUGCCCCAAGAAGGCCAGUCCCUGGUUAGUAGCAGGGCCACAGUCUGCUCCCUGGACACAGCAGCUGACACUCCCUCGCUCACAUCUAAUGCCGGGGGCCACCCGCUCUUCCAAACCUUUGCCCAGGAUGGGCCCCCAGAUGCCCCUAGGGCAGAAAAGGACCUAUCAGACCAUAGGCACCGCAGGUCAGUGCACUUCACAAAAUACCGUGCCCAAAGCUUCCGAGACCAGAAAGCCUUCGAGCUGUCCUUUAGGCCCAGAGUCCUCAGGGCCGGGGACACCUCUGAGCCCCCAAAGUGAGAAGUCACUUUGAGCAACACGCUUGUCUCUAUGAACAUGAUUUUGAACAUGCCCUGCAGAGAGAAUGUAGACAUUAGCUCCCUCCUGUCCUCUCACUUCCCAAGAACUAACCCUGGCAUGCAUGUGGAAGGUGCUGGCCAUGCUCGGAGCAGCUGUGAGGCUUCUCAAGAUGAGGAAGAAAGUCAGCUAUCCAAGGCUGCUGCCUGUGACACCAUUGUCACAGGUGAUGUGUGACCAGCACUGGGACGUGGAAGACACUGUGCACUCACUGCUGUCUUGGCAGAGGGGAGGUCAGAGCCAUGGGCUGCCCUCUGGUCCCCAGAGCUUCCCAACCAUGCCCCUGCCUACUCCCCAAAGUCAGUGCCGGUGACCUACGACAUGAGCCUUACCUGUGUAGGGAGCCCAACGCUUGCCGAAGCCGUGUUCCACUUCUAGGCUGGUACCAGAGUCUUAGUUUAGAAGUGGGUGAUGACUUAAAAAAAAAAAAUAGACUGUCACUGUUACUGCCUAGCAUCCCUAGCGGAUUCAUGAAGCAACUCUCUCAGCCAAGCUACACGGGUUCCCAUUUUCAGACGCUGACUGCAUUUCUUUCUUUCCUUCUCUCUCUCUCUCUCUCUCUCUCUCUCUCUCUCUCUCUC